AUUUAUGUAUUCCACUUUAUUCUCAUUUCUAUUUAUUGACAUUACAACGAGGUAAACAUUAGAAUAAUAAAUAAAUACAAAUAGAACCAAACAUUUAUGAUUACAGUGAAUGACAGAGAGCAGCAGUGUAGACCUAGACCUUCAGUUCUGACGGAGCGGGAUCAUGGGAAGACAUGGAGGAUGUGUGUGUGUGUGUGUGUGUGUGUGCGCGCUACCCGACCCUUUGGGACGUCUCUAUAGAUCUGUGGGUCAUAUGAUAAACAGGAAGAUCAAUCAUCGUUACAGGGAUGACGUCACACAAUAAGCAAUAACAAGAUAAAAAUGACACAUUGUUGAACAACUGUAUUGACCGCUGGAUCUGACUGCAUGACUCUCUCCCCCGCCCUCUCUCUCUCCCUCUCUGCCCCCCCCCCUACCCCCUCUCCAUUUUAUCUCUGCAGGGUUGCGCUAUUGCUGCAUUUCCCAGAACCACCUUUAUCAUAAGCAUCAUCAUCAUCAUCAUCAUCAUCAUCAUCAUCCCACCGUUACAACAGAGAACAGCUGAUGUACCGUUGGUGUAUACACCGAGUCUCCACAUAAAUAACGGUCUCACUCACUCACACUCUCUCUCUCUCACACACACACACACACACUAGCUGCCGGUGGCUAACAGACUACUUACUAACCCGCAGCCCUGCGUUUGCUGCACACGCUCCAAUAAGCACAGACCUAUGACAGUUUCCUCACCGAGAGAGUGAAGGGGAGGGGUGAGGGGUGGGGGUGGGGGGUAACCUUCCUGUGAUCACGGUGCAUAGUUAAUAAGAAUUUCUUAAAAAUCAUUAAAAACCCUCCCGUGUCCACCCUGACAUCACCCUCCACCGUCCGUGGGUGAGGAGGGUGAGGUGGGGAUGCGACAAGUUGUUUGCGUCGGACUCAGGGUAGAGAGACAGACAGCAAGCGAGCCCUCGUCCAACCAGAGGAGGAGGGUGAGGGGUGGGGGAGGCGCGUCCUCGUUGAUCACAGACUAAUGCAGCGGCCACAUCCACUGUAGCUACACUGCUACACUGCUACACUGCUGCUGCUCAGUGACAGUGACGGCUUUUCAUUAGUUCUUUUAAAAAUGAACGCCCGUUGAAGCCUUUCCAUCACCGGUUAAUUUGAUUGAAAAAAACAAACCCACAAAACCAAACCGUCCCCGUGACUUUUUUACCUCUGUAUAUUCAUCCUUUUUAUUCAGCCCUCCUUUAUUCAUUCAGUUAAUUCAUUAUCGUUGCCUCCAUAGAGCCGCUUCCUUUUCAGAUCACAUCCGGCUGUCGUCCUCCUCCUCUCCUCCUCCUCCUCCUCUUCUUCUUCUACUUCUUCUUCUGUGACGCGCCGCUGAGAUCCUGAGGCAGCAGGUAAGAUCCAUCUCUCCUUUCACACACUCGUGUUGUAAACGUUGCCACUCAGACCGCAGUGUCGUCUUGUUCCUGGGUCGGUGGUUGUUCGUGGGUCGGUGGAUCUCCGUCGGUCCGCUGUCAUCGAUCUGUUUCACGGUGCCUGUAACUCGGUUCACUGCUGACGAUGACAAAACCACGGCUGCAGGAUUCACUGAGGUUGGACAUUUAGACGGGGUUUGUCUGAGUCCAGUGGAACCGAGUCGUGGGUCGGACCUGACCGCCCUCCGUCCUCCAGUGUGUGCGGGGCCUACAGUGAACAGCGCGGUUACAUAAAUCAAAGCCUCCACGGAGCUCAUCGUUCAAAGGCGUCCUGCGUCUGCAGGGUUCGGUACUGAACAAACAGGGUCAGGACUGAGUUGGACCCGGGUCCUGAUGUGUACCGGUGUGGGUCUCAGUCAGCUGACUUUUCCCUGGACUGGACGAUUGAUCCUUGGCGACCAUUUACCACCGUUGUUAUCUAUGCAGGUCCAGUGCAGUGAAGAUGGCUUCCCUGCUUCAGGCUUCUUGCUAACAGCUUAGGAACAGUGGGACCCCCCCCCCCAGCCCCCACUCAGAAGGAAGCAGAGAGGAAGAAGAAAGAGGCUAAGGAGACAGGAGUGCAAAAAGGAGCGCGAGGAGCCGGCGAGAACAGUCGAUGGACGCUGUCCGGACCGAGAGGACAGCACAUUCUUCACUGACGAGGAAACGAAAGAUUUCAAAAUUGAGUCGAAGGAUAGAAACUCGCCGUCAGGCAUGGUGUGUGAGAAGGGCAUCCAGAUCCUUCUCACCACCGUGGGGGCGUUUGCCGCCUUCGGCCUGAUGACGGUGGCCAUAGGGACGGACUACUGGCUGUACUCCCGGGCCCUCAUCUGCAACAGCACGGCCAACGUCACUCAAGACGACCCCCACAACAAGGACAAGAAGGACCCCGGGGCCCUCACCCACUCUGGCCUGUGGAGGAUAUGCUGUCUAGAAGGAGUGAAGAGGGGGGUGUGUUCUCAGAUCAACCACUUCCCCGAGGACGCAGACUUUGACCAUGACGGUGCAGAGUACGUCUUACGAGUUGUCAGGGCUUCCAACAUUUUUCCGAUUCUCAGUGCCAUUCUCCUGCUGAUGGGAGGGGUGUGCAUCGCUGCUAGUCGUUUCUAUAAGAGCAAAAGAAACAUCAUCCUGGGAGCUGGAAUACUUUUUGUGGCUGCAGGUCUGAGCAACAUCAUCGGUGUGAUCGUGUACAUCUCCGCUGCGCUGGGCGACAUCUCUCCAAAGAAGGACGAGGAUAAGAAGUGGCAGUAUUCCUACGGCUGGUCCUUCUACUUUGGCGGCCUGUCCUUCAUCAUGGCCGAGAUGGUUGGCGUGCUAGCCGUCAACAUCUACAUUGAAAAGAACAAAGAGCUGCGCUGUCGCUCGCGCACCGACAUUUUCAAGAGCACCACGCACGCCAUGCUACGUCUGCCCAGCUACCGGUUCCGCCGUAGAUCUCGCUCCUCCUCCCGUUCCACUGACCCCUCCCGGUCUCGAGACCCUUCACCUGUAGGAGGCACUGGGGGCAAGAACUUUGGCCUGCCCCCGUCUGCACUACUGUCCCAGGGCCCCAUCUCAGUGUCGACCUUACCCAACCCUCACUCUCGCUCCCACACCGCUGUGGCUGGAGGCGACAUCUCACUCUACACUUUGUCCCGUGACCCCAAACUGGGGGGUUUACCCCCCAUGUAUGGAACAGUGGACAGGGCCUCGCUUUACCAGCUCCACAACUGCUUCCCAAAGGACGGGGGAGGCGGAGGGGUGAUGAUGAGUGGUACACUCCCUUCACUAAAGUCUCACAAUCCUUCAAAUUCCUCCAACACCAACACCCAGAUGCCCAACUCUGUGGCCUCUGGCCCACCACCCUUCACCUCAUCCACAGUAGACCGGGAGCGGGGGAUGGGCACUCUGGACAGACUGAAGGGAGACAGGGAGAGCAACUCCAACACCCUGAAUAGAAAGACAACGCCCGUGUAGAGAGAGAGAGAGAGAGAGGGCGAGAGAGAGGGGUUGGGGAGGGGGGUGAGAGAGAGAGAGAGAGAGAGAGAAAGAGAGAGCCCAGGAGGAGGAGGGCGCUCCAGGUAGGAGACAGAUGGAAAGCACUGUGUUUGUGAUAGGGCAGACACACACACAUACACACACCCAUGGUAUAGUCCUCCGUCCAUAUUAUUUAGUCGACUCACUGAGCACCAGAACACGUGUAACAACGAAGAAGAAGAAAAAGAAGAUUCUGAAGUAGUGUCAGAAUCUCAAACUAUUUUGAUAUUUCAUGUGUUAGAAAUGAUUUAUUUUGUUAAUGACCCACAGAUUAACCCUUCACAUACUCUCGUGCUAUGUUAUGGCUAACCUGGUCAGCGUUUAUGUCCAACUGUUGUUGUGAUUAUUCUUAGCGUUAUUACAGGCUAGCUACGCUUGGACUGAGUGUUUCUGUUCCGGGCCGUGUGUGGGUCGGGUCCACGUUCAGUUCCGGAUCUUGACAACCCUUACUGUGAAUCUCUUCCAUGUGCAGCCGCCGACUGUCAGCGAGCUGUGUGUAACUGUGUCAGCAUGAGUGUGCACAACACAUGGGCCGUGGGCCGAUGUACGCCUGUGUUAUUUUUUUAACUCUAUAUUAGAUAGUUGUCAUUUAUAAAAAUGAAGUCGGAUGUGAAUACUGUAAUUUGUCUUCCAAUAUAUGAGAUACAACAGCGAGGUUGGACUGACCGGACCACCGACCCACUCUGCGGUUGCUGUCCGUCCCAGUCUGGUUCUGCGCUGGCCUCCGUUUGUCUAGCUUCCAUCCUAAUCUGUGUUAGUAGUAGUACUUGUAGCUAUAAUGGUGUUGACGGUGUUUGUUCUCGGGCAUUAGAACCCAGAACCCUGGGACCAGAGGAACAGGGAACACAGGGUUCCUUUGUACAGGUCGCUGAAAAAAAAAAAAAGGCAAACCUUUUCAUGUUUGUCCUGAGCAGCGACACAUGAAGCUAUUCAUUUACAAAAAAAUGAAAGUGUGUAAAUGUAGGAUGAGGGUUUGAAACCCUGGGCGGGAAAACGUUCAUUUCAUUUGUGCAAUCAUAGGUUUGUAGACCAUGUCUUUGGAACCACUACUACUGCUGGUUCUUCAGUUUGGGAUUGACAGGAUUCGAGGACCUGUUGAUGUUUGGUCACAUGACCAGUGCCCCCCCCCCUUUGUCACGUUACCCUUAACCUUUUCACUGUGCCUCCCCCUUCUCCUUCUCCUUUCUGAACUCUGUCCUAUUGUGUUUAUGUGGAGGGGAAUGCGACACCCCCCACCACCACCACCACCACCUCACUCUAAGUCUUCUCGAACCAUCCUGAGUGACUGCAGAUGCUGGUCAGACCCACAGAAGAAGAAGAUCAUGUGACUUGACCUGCACAGACAGCAUUUACAGUAGUUUGUAGUGAAGAAUCUAGAUAGAAAUAUAUCUCUGAGUCUGGUUGGUCUGACGACACUGUACUGCACGAACUUUAUAAAAAAACAACAAUAACAGCAUAUUUACAGAC